GCCACUGACUCAGAGGAGGCGGCAGCUGUAAACGGAGUGGAUGUUGGCGUACCAAUCGUCACAGAAGAACGGGAGCCGGCAGCCCUACCAAAGAAUAUUGCGGAUGUUGCUGUGAUCCUGGAGGGGCGCAUUGUUUUGCGCAAGCUGCGAGAUGUACCAACCGGCUUUGCUGUGCUAAUGGGCAUACUUUACAGCCUCAACAUUGAUUAUCCUAAGGGACUGAAAUAUACCUUUGAGGUCAUUCAGAAGGUAAUCAUGGACAUUGGUGGAGGCACCUGCUCUGCUCGGGCUCAUGGACUGCAAAACAAAUUGCUUCAAUUCUUUGAUUUGUUUGAGAAGCACGGAGGCUACAAGUCAGGAAAGCUGAAACUGAAGAAACCAAAGCAGCUCCAAGAAGUGCUGGAUAUCGCCCGCCUGCUGCUCGUUGAACUCGUCCAGCACAACGACUGUGAGAUCGAGGAGAAGAAAUCCAAACUGGAGCAACUCAAGACGGUCCUGGAGAUGUACGGUCAUUUCUCAGGUAUAAACAGGAAAGUCCAGCUGACCUACCUGCGUAACGGACAACCUAAAGCCUCCAGCGAAGAAGAAGACUCUAAGAAGGACGGCCCCUCUCUGCUGCUGGUGCUGAAGUGGGGGGGCGAGCUGACGCCUGCAGGCCGGGUUCAGGCUGAGGAGCUGGGCAGAGCUUUCCGCUGCAUGUACCCUGGAGGUCAAGGUACCCACUGCACUCACAUUACCUAAAAUAUGAACUUAUAAAUCCUUCUGGCGUUGCUGUGAUUAUUUCUUUCUUCCAUAGUGUAAAAUGCUUAUCCUCGUACAAUUUGGCUGCUAUGAAAAGAAACAGCUUCAAACUACAAAUCAAUACAAAAACAUG